AUGGAAUCAUGGCCAUUCUUCAAUCAGGUGACAGCAGAUUUAACACCUCUGAAUGCAAGAAAGGUGGCUGUAAAAUUUGAUGUUUUCAAAAUUUUUGGUCUGAUUCCUGUUAAAGCUCCUGGAAGGGCUCGAGGUGAGUUGGAUAUUACUUAUUUGGACGAGGAAUUGAGAGCAUCAAGAGGUGACAAAGGGAACUUGUUCAUUUUGAAAAUGGUUGAUCCCUCUUACAGAGUCCCCGUUUGA